AUGAUCAAUGUUCCUCACUUCCCCAACAAAGCAGUCUCUAUGGCUUUUCCGACAUUCUUCACUUCAAUGGAGGAACAGCCCAAAGACCGGGCACAAGACAGGCAAUACCAUCACCACGGAGACGACAGGCACUCUUUUCAGCAGUCAACUUGUCUAAAAAAUGAUCAGAGCCACUUCCAGUGCCAGCAUCAGGAAACGCAGACGAAGAAAACAGGCAAUAAAAAAGUAAGCAUCAGUGACGAGGAGGGAGAGAAGAAUCCACAUCUGUCUAAUGCUGUUGGCAUGUCGCAUCCACCUAGCAUCAAUGCUAACAGACACACAAUUAAUACAAAUGCAAAGCCCAAAUCGACGCAAAAGCUGUGCACGACUGUUCCAAAAAUAAGCAUCAAAGGAAUGGACCAUAAGAAGAAUAUGGACUUUAAAAAUGACAAGGAGAAGGUGCAGGAUUUGAGUCAUCAUGAGGGCCCGCCUUUGGAUAAGAAGGACUCCGUAUUACUUCAAAAUGGCGUCGUAAACUGUGGCUUAAUUACAAAUGGCUAUUCUAGCAAGGACAAUGACGGUAGUAGCUCGGAAGGUGGAUAUACUACUCCGAAGAAACGCAAGACCAGAUGUAACAAUACAAAGAACACUGAUAAUGUGAUAAGAGAAAAGGAGAGAGACAUGCAGCAGGGCCACACUACAGAGGAGCUGGGGGCUUUGAAUCUAGAGACAAAUGAGAAAGGAAUGACCUCGAGACUCGAUGGAUUUAGAGCCACCCAGAAAGUAGAAACUCAGUCGACAGCCAAACGGGCUGUUGUAUCAGAGGCUUCAGUGGGUGAAUCUCAGAGGAAAAACUCUGAUGGAAAGACAGUUGGCACCUUGGGUAAAAAAACUGAGGAAAGACACAAAGGCAAGCUUUCUUCACCUUCAAAAGAGGACUCAUGGACUUUGUUCAAGCCUCCGCCAGUAUUUCCUGUGGACAAUAGCAGUGCUAAAAUUGUUCCCAAGAUCAGUUAUGCAAGUAAAGUAAAAGAGAACCUCAACAAAGUAGCUCAAGGUGGAGGAGAGGCACUGCCUCCUCCUGUCAGACUGUCACAGGUCCCUAUGUCUGCUAUGAAAACCAUCACCUCAGCUAGUUUUACUAAUGGUCCUGUUUCUGGAAAUGGAAACGGUUGCCCGUCAGUGGGUACCUUCUUAGCUCCUGCUGCUAGUAGUAUUCCAUCAGCCCAGUCUAUCCUAAGUGGCGACAAUGUAGCAUCUCCUUUGGAAAGUAACUGUAGCUCCACAACUAGUCCUGUAGAUGGAGAGGCAUAUGAGCUUAGAAAGUGUACUCUUUUAAUUUACCCUUUAAAUAUGCAACCUGUACUCCCUAGCGCUCGUCACCUUGACCCACCAGCGGCUCAGACAAAUCAGAAAGCCCUGGGAGAUAUCUUCCAGAAUCAGUGGGGGCUUUCCUUCAUUAAUGAGCCCAACUUGGGCCCAGAAGGCGGAAAUGGGCUGGUGCCCGGAGAGGACAAAACUACUGUGGUCACAUCUAAUAGCGAGUGUCAAGCUGUUGCAGCCAAGGUUGCCCAGCCUUGCUUUGACAUUAGCCCAUCAUUGUUAGAGCCUGGGCCUUUGGUUCAAGACCCUGAGAAAAGGACUUGUAUCCCUUGCAUUGUGUCCAAUGCUUGUCCUCCUGCUUAUGGGAUGAGUGAGGAGGAGAACAAGCUGCAGCCAUGUGGCAAGGAAAAGACACAAGGUGCAGGAACUGCUGUGUUGGCCCCCAGUAAAGACAACGGUGCUAAGCCUGCGCAGGGUCAGCUAACCACUUUAUUAUUUGGCUCAUCUAAAGAACAGGUUCUCUCUAAAGACAUUAGCACGAGGUGUAGCUGGGGGUCCUUUGACGUUAAAGCUGCUGUCACUUAUCACACUAAAGAAAUGGAAUCCGUUUUCAACUUGCAAAAACAAGAUCCAAAAAGGGUAGUAAUUUACGGCGAGACCAAGGAUGGACCUGAUCAGUGAGGUAGAUGGCCUACAGUACUUACCUUCUUCUCUUCUGGGUGCUGCAGUUAUCUACCUUGGAAAUCACAAAUCCUGUUGGAUAGAAGUGACAACUGUGAAAACAUUUGAUAGUUUAGCAUGACAGAUUUUCCAUGGUAUCUCGGGUGGAAUAACGGACUUCUCUGGGGGCAUCAAAAUGAACACAUAAGCUCUGGAUGGACGUUAAAAAGGAGCUGAUUGGUGCCUCUCCAACAUGACGAAUGGACACUUUGGGCUGCGAUCUUUGUUUGUCUCAUGGCUCUUUAGUGAUAAUGUUUGGGAGUUCAUCAAAAGGAAGGUGUUUUGGACUGCACCUCCCUAAGCCUUUAUCCUGUUGACCUGUGGCAGCAGUCAGUCUGACUACAGCAUGCCUCAGUCAUGUUUUCUUUUACACAUUCACAAGUUUCAUUGUAGAUAUGUUAGACGUUAUAUACAUGCACAUCUGUGUGCAAGCUUGAAUUCAUCAUGAAUGAAAGGAGAACACUCUGCAAAGCAUUCUUUGGGGAGCGGUCUGUGGGGUCCCACUUAACUCUAAGUUAAAUGGGAGCUUAUAGGUGAGGCCCCAUCCAGGAAGGGAGUCUUGUCUUAAAUCAGUAAGGGAAAAUUUAAUUGCCCACGUUUUCUUUUUGUGUUGUUUCGUCUUACCUAACAUGAGUGUUAUCUGCACUACAGUUUGACCCCAGAGCACAGGUACAAAAGUGCCCAGUUUGAAGGAAAGCCACCCCCUUUGUUUCACUGUUUAUUAGGUGUGCUAAAGAGUCAAAAAUAAGGUCUCCGUUAAAUUCAUCCUGAAGCUUUUCAUACAUUUCAGAUUAUUAGAAGGUUGUCACCGGCUGUUCUUAAACUGAGGUUCAUUAUACAUUCUAUUAAAUGAACUCUGAGUUGGGGAAUAAGCUUGGUGACAAACUGUUAGGUAAAAUAAAAGGAGGAGGAAAAAAGAGACAUUGCUUCCACAAAAGUGUUCUGCAUUUUGUGCUUUUUGUUCAGCAGUAAGGCUCAGGAUGUCAAUACAGAUUAUUUUGCCUGUAUUUGUGUUCAGUUCCUCUUGUUCUACAUUUUUACAAUGUACUUUCUUGUUUUGUUUUUUCUUUUGACUCAGAAUUUGGUCUUUACUUUUCUGCCUUGUACGGCAUCGUUUUUCUUGCAUGUUUACUGGUGGAAACGCACGAGUUGGAGGUCACUGUUCAUCGGCAUACAAAGAUAACAGUAACAGAACAAUUGCAAUACUAAUCUUAGUUCCCUAAGUAGACACUUUUUCAAACUGUUCAAAUGUGAAGAUUAGUUAAAUGCUAUUAUGUUUUACUGUGGAUAACCUAUUACGUUUGCAAACCAGUGUGCAAUAACACCGUGUGAUCCAUACAUGCGUGUUGGGAGGGGUUGUGAGGGUUAUGUAGAGCUACAACGUCAUCAGCCAAGAUGCUAGCGUGGCCUGCAGUGCAGUUCAGAAUGUUUAAGGGUGUUCAGUUUGUUGCACGACUUCUAAAUUCGAUGGUGGGAUAUGUGUAUAUUUUUUAAAAUUAUUCUAAAGGCUCAUGUUGUAAGAUCCAAGUCUAGGCAGCCCAAAUCUGCUAGCUGACCAGCUGUGAUGUCAAUUUUUUAUUUUUUUUUUCCUUCACCAUCAGCAAAUCAAGAUCGGUUUACUCAACAAAGCAACUGUCCAGGUUUUUCUCUAGAAGCUCUGAUUUGGCUAAUGUGUGGAUUAUUAGCACUUUAUGUAAACUAAUUGCUUUUAUCUUAUAAUUAAUAAUAGACGAAAUCUGUGUGUAGUGACGAGAAAUCCUCCUUGAAAGAAUGGCUCUGGGCUGUUACUUUUCAGAAAAAAAGCCGCUAAAUAUACAGAAUUAUUAAAUGUAACUCAGGUAGUGUUGAUAAAGCCAUGACUGUGUUUAAUAUUGUUUCUUGCCAAACGGCCCCCGUCACGUAAACGUUCUCAUUGGAAAGGUUGACUAAGUCUGAUUUAUAUAAAGUAUCGUAUGUUGUGACAACACACCAAAAAGUUAAUACUUUGAGAAAAAAGUUGUCAUGGCGUUGGAGGUGCUGUCAUUAAUCGUUUUGGGCUCUAAAAUUGUUGUUUCUUUUCCUUUUAAGCACAGUGCUGCACAGGCUCUUUUCCAUGUAUCCUGGACUGUAACCUUGUAAUCUCUGCCGGUUCAUUUUCUCCCUUAUGUGUUCAUAGUGAAGCACCUCUUUGAUUUAUUAAUGCUGAACAUCAGCAGUGUUUCUACGGGGGUACACAUGAGUUUUCAAGUACACUUCUUUCCACUGUGUCCUGAUUAGGCGGCGGCACAGCUCGCGCUCAUGCACGGAGAGGGGACGUCAUAACUGCAGCCAUGUUUUUGUACAAGUUGUCUUGACAUUUAACUUCCACAUCUAAUCGCAGUCGGCUCUCUGGUAUUUAAAAAGCUUUGUUUUGGCUUUCAUUGUACGCCAUUUGAUGGAUGAGUGUAUCAGCAGACGCUGCCCUCUGAACGAGAACGCUCGUGUCAGACGUGGUCAAUGAGGAAGCAGGGGUAAUUGAGGAGGUAUAAGCGCUUAUUUUUAUGUUGUUCUGUGCUUGUGGAAAAUUGACACUUAAACUGGCAUCAAUUUACAACAAACACCGCAGUUUAAUUUCUUGCAAUGGCCCAUAAUCUGUUUGCAGGGGGGCAGGGGACACAAUCAGGUUACCAUAUGGUUAAUGUUCAGGCUGAAAGGAUUAUCAGUGCACAGCUAUAGGCUUGUAAAUGUAAAGCAGGGUGAUCAGAAUAACUAGUACGUGAUCUUACUGUAGUAUUAUGAUGAAAACACUAUUUUCUCAUGUGUGGGUUUGUUUUGUUUCUUUUGGGGGGG